AUGUGGAAGCUGAGAUCUAUCCAUGGAAUACUUGCUUCCUCGGGUUCUAUUGGUGCAUUGAUAGCUUGGCUGAUCAGCUUUAAGCCGACUUUAUUUGGGAUCUUAUUCCUUCUGCUGUUGCUUAGCAACUGGCUAGUUAAAUAUGAACUCAAACCUCCCCCCACAGAGCCACAGCAGGACAAGAUCCUUGAACGUCUUUUAUUCACUGAAAUGAAGCUGAAGGUGUUAGAAAACCAGAUGUUCAUCAUUUGGAAUAGAAUUAAUCACUACAAGAAGUCAAGAGGACACCGAUCUUUCCCCCGGGGGAAGCACCGGCCAAGGAGGCACAACUCCAUUUUUUCUAUCAUCUCUGAUUGCACUUCCAAUACCUCCUAA